UUUCACCUUUCCUGCCACAGCGCCCGCGCGGGCGGGGGGGCGGGUCCGCGCUGCUGCGCUUGCGUGGCGGGAAGCCUUGGGGCCGCGCUCGCUGGCUGCCGGAGACUAAGUUCGUGUGUGGCGGCAGAGAAGCUGUGGGUUCCCCUGCUGCUGUGGUUCUGGCCAGUAGAGCGGUGGGCGCUCUGCGUUACGCGGCCCUCCGGGGGCGUGUUUGUGAGCCGCUCUGACCACUCCUCUUUUCCAGAGUCCUGCCUCCCUUCCUUGCGCGGCCGCGGCUCCGAGCCCUCUCAGGAUAAUGGCGACCGCUGAGGUACUGAACAUUGGUAAAAAACUCUAUGAGGGUAAAACAAAAGAAGUCUAUGAAUUGUUAGACAGUCCAGGAAAAGUCCUCCUGCAGUCCAAGGACCAGAUCACAGCAGGAAAUGCAGCCAGAAAGAAUCACCUGGAAGGAAAAGCUGCAAUCUCAAAUAAAAUUACCAGUUGUAUUUUUCAAUUGUUACAGGAAGCAGGCAUCAAAACUGCUUUCACCAGAAAAUGUGGGGAGACAGCUUUCAUUGCACCUAAGUGUGAGAUGAUUCCAAUUGAAUGGGUUUGUAGAAGAAUCGCAACUGGUUCUUUUCUCAAAAGAAAUCCUGGUGUCAAGGAAGGAUAUAAGUUUUACCCACCUAAAGUGGAGAUGUUUUUCAAGGAUGAUGCCAAUAAUGAUCCACAGUGGUCUCAGGAACAGCUAAUUGCUGCAAAAUUUUGCUUUGCUGGACUUGCUAUAGGCCAAACUGAAGUCGAUAUCAUGAGUCAUGCAACACAGGCUAUUUUUGAAAUACUGGAGAAGUCCUGGUUGCCCCUGAACUGUACCCUGGUUGAUAUGAAGAUUGAAUUUGGUGUUGAUGUAACCACCAAAGAAAUUGUUCUUGCUGAUGUUAUUGAUAAUGAUUCCUGGAGACUCUGGCCAUCAGGAGAUCGAAGCCAACAGAAAGACAAACAGUCAUAUCGUGAUCUCAAGGAAGUAACUCCUGAAGGGCUCCAGAUGGUAAAGAAAAAUUUUGAGUGGGUUGCAGAAAGAGUAGAGUUGCUUCUGAGACCAGAAAGUCAGUGCAGAGUUGUAGUAUUGAUGGGCUCAACUUCUGAUCUCGGCCACUGUGAAAAAAUCAAGAAGGCUUGUGGAAAUUUUGGCAUUCCAUGUGAACUUCGGGUAACAUCUGCCCAUAAAGGACCAGAUGAAACUCUGAGGAUUAAAGCUGAAUAUGAAGGGGAUAGCAUUCCCACUGUAUUUGUGGCAGUGGCAGGCAGAAGCAAUGGUUUAGGACCAGUGAUGUCUGCUAACACAGCAUAUCCAGUUAUCAGCUGUCCUCCCCUCACUCCAGACUGGGGAGCUCAGGAUGUGUGGUCUUCUCUUCGACUGCCCAGUGGUGUUGGCUGUUCAACCGUACUUUCUCCAGAAGGAUCAGCUCAGUUUGCUGCUCAGAUAUUUGGAUUAAACAACCAUUUGGUAUGGGCCAAACUGCGAGCAAGUAUAUUGAACACAUGGAUUUCCUUGAAACAGUCUGACAAGAAAAUCAGAGAGGGCAACUUAUAGGAAAGAACGUCAUUGCAUUUCUUAGGAGAAAAACUAUAAAUUUCUAGUUUAGCUGCAGAAAAAAAAUCAAGAAGAAAAGAUUUUAAAUCAAUCAGAGCAAACAAAAUUUAUUAGUGGGUAAAUGUUUCUCUAGAUUCAUGGGUUAGUAGAAUAUGUGUACAUGUGUAUUAAUAUUUCUUUAUAAGCAGUGAAAUUAUUCCAGUGGUCUAAUGGUUAAGAUUCGGCUCUCUCACCACCAAGGCUCGGGUACGUUUCCCUGUCAGGGAACCACACCACCCAACUAUCAGUUGUCAUACUGUGGCAGUUCCAUGUUGCUCUGAUGCUGAAAGCUAUGUCACCAGUAUUUCAAAUACCAGUAGCGUCACCUAUGGUGGACAGGUUUCAACAGAGCUUCCAGACUAAGACAACUCCAGACUUCCAGAGUCGACAUAACUAAGAAAGUUAAAGUACCAUAAGGACAUUUUAAAAUUAUUCUUUUACCCACUAUAUGGUCAUUUUUAGGUAGGUAACAUAAUCAAAUAUAUUCAAAUACUAAUAAUGUCCUAUUAUACAGCUCUAAAGUUACUACUUGACCUUCUGUAUCUCAAACUAUAAGUUUUAGAAAGUUAAAACAUUUGUAUCUUAGAAAGGAUGGAGGAAAAGUUGAGAUUGGUGAUAGGGGUAGGGAAGACACACUAAAUAAGAUGAAGAGGCACUGUGGAAGCCAUAGAAAGGGGACUAUUUGAAGAACUCUGAUGGACGUGAGGGCAAUUUCCCUCGGGGAAAAAAAGUACAGUCACCUGUCCAGUUCCAAAUGAAAGAUUUAGUACAUCUUGUAUGGUUAUGAUAAGUGCCUCUGUAGAUCAUAAAAUUCUUUUAGUUCUGAUAAUACAUAUUUUAGCCACACUGAUAAUCCCUAGCCUAUCAUCAUUUUCAGAAAUUGGAAUCUCCCAGUCGAUAACCGUAACUAGUUUCUUUCUUGUAAUAGCAUAAGUCUGGGCAGUGUACCCAGCAAGAUUCAUUUCUAAAGGAGCAGUUGUUACUGAGGGAUUGACUUACCAUCAGUCUAUAAACCAUAUUUGGAAAUCACUGUUACAUUAUGCAGCCUUGAGGAUUUUGUAGAUCACUAAACUUUAAUCCAAGUGUCCAUGAACCCUGAAAACUUACGUGUAAAAUUUUAUGUAUAUAUUCACUUUUACAAAAAGGAUCUGUGUCCCCCAAAAUGUUAAGAAUCUGCUACAGGUGGAAUCUCAAUAAAAUCCUUGCCACUGGUCUACACUGUCUACACUUUUUCACUUCCCUUUCAACCAUUAACAAGCUAGCAUCUCUUACCACUUCUUUCACUUGAUCUCUGUGGGGUAUGAUUGACCUAACCACUCCUUUGUUGGGCUAGACACCAAGAUAUUCCAACCCAAAUGUUGAUCAUUUCACUUAUAUUACUCUUUGCCCUUAAGUAUUGAUGUUUCCUACUGAGUUUUUCACCAAAUUUUGAGUACUUCCAUUUUACCAAAUAAUGGUUGGAUGAUCUUAAUUUCUUCAGCUAAAAUUAGCAUUACUGACUUUCAGCUCUGUUUCUGUAGACUUGUGUUUUCAACUGUCCAUUUCUCUGAAUACUCCAAACUUAAUCAAUCUUGCACCAAGCUUGUAACUCUGACUACAGUGAUUGUCCCAAAUCAUAAGCUUGAUUUCAUCCUUGAUAUUUUUCUCUGACCUUUCACAUCUAAAUCUUCACCAAGUCUUGAAUUUCAUCUGUUUACUCAUCCUGUGUACAAAAGCCUCAAGUUGGAGUCAAAUUCUACAUUACUAGCCUAAUCUAGAAGGUCUUCAUUACCAGCCAAACCUUUUUGAAGUUGAUUGUCCAAGGACUUUCAACAUAAAUUCAAAAUCUCUUUUGCAACAUAGAUUCCUUUGAAAAAUAAGAAUGCCAUUGACCCUUUCCCUAGAAAACUGCACACAAAAUUUACGAACAGAUUCCACUGGUUCUUAGGUUCCCUUGAAGCCUAUCCAUGGUCCGUAGGUUAAGAAUCACUGGUGUUAACCCAUCAAGCGAACUUGCUUUCCCCAUAAUUUUUGGACUGUUAGAUAUCUGUACCUUUAGUUCUUAGAAUGUUCUCAUUUCUGUCAUUAAAAUCUACUUGUUAAUUACUAGAGCUUCAUCUUCACUGUCUCCAUGAAAUCUUCCCUAAUCACCUCUAGCUACAGUGGCUAUAAGUAGUUCUGUUCUGGAUUGUAAGCUCCAAGAGGAGAAAAUAUAAUUUUACACUUUAUUUCCCUGACACUGCCUUAUGUUCUGCUGUGCUAUGCCUAGCUAUGUGCCAGGGAUGGGGGAAUUGUAAAAAUCAUGUACUGCUUAGUUUUCUAUAUGUUAGUUCACAGGAACAAUUAAAAAGAUGUGAUUUUAAUAUCUUUAAACUUUGGCUUCAUGAUCUCUGAAUACUCACUGGCUGCUAUUUCAGGUCUUCUGUCCCUACCUAGUGAAAAUUCCACCUGUUUCUGUGCAGUACAUGAAAAUUUUCAAACACUGAUUUAGACUGGUAGAUAGGACUCUUAUCAAUGGUCAUCAUCAAUUUCACUAUUAGUUUCUUAUUAGAGUACAUAUAUCCUCAAAUAGUGCUAAAUACUUGCUUGAGAAUAUUUUAACUGUGUUGAAAAAGUAACUUACACAAACAUACCUAGUUUGCCUUUUUUGGGUAUUUAUACUUUCUGUGGGAUCUUGUAGCUAAACAUAAAAAGGGGAAGAAAAAUUGUGUCUAAAUAAUGUGGUACUUAAAUUUUGUAUCAUAAAGCCAUGCUUAGAACUGCGGUUGCUUUAAUGCCUUCUGAAAUUUAAACAGUAGCCAAAUAAAAGACACAGAUAAGC